CCGCAGGGCUCAGGUUACAUUCGCGAGCGGAGCGGAGCGCGGGAGAGCGGACCCGAGAGCUGAGCUACAGGUUUGGGGCAGGUCGCGGGGCACCCCAGAAGCCCAGAGCCCCAGAGGUCCCCGCCCGGCCCCACACAGCCCCAAGCCCCGCCGUGCGUCAGCCUCCGCCCCGACCAAGGAUCCCCACGGCAGCAUGGAUUGCUGUACCGAGAGCGCCUGCUCCAAGCCGGACGACGACAUCCUGGACAUCCCCCUGGACGACCCCGGCGCCAACGCGGCCGCGGCAAAAAUCCAGGCGAGUUUCCGGGGCCACAUGGCGCGGAAGAAGAUCAAGAGCGGGGAGCGCGGCCGGAAGGGCCCGGGGCCCGGGGGUCCGGGCGGAGCCGGGGGCGCCCGGGGGGGCGCGGGCGGCGGCCCCAGCGGAGACUAGGCCUGAGCUGAGCAUUUUCGAAGUUCUCUAGGAGAGAUGGAUGCCGCGUCCCCUUCGCAGUGACGAGACUUCCCCGCCGUGUUCGUGACCCUCCUUCCACCGCCCCGCAGCUUCAGGAGCCCGCCCUGCGCCCCCGGAGACCCCCGCUCCCAGGCAGGCUCCGUCCCGGAGUCUCCGCCCGCGCCCGUUGAGUUGGUCCCGCGCUCUUCCUCCCACCUGGCCCGAACCCGCGCCCGCCCGACUCGCUCUUCUCCGGCUUCUCGUCCUCUCUCCCCCAGCAUGCAGCUCCGCCCUGGGCCGCCGGCCCGCGUGGCCCGAGUAUUAUCGCUUCUUGUCUUUUUCUUUUUCUCUUUUUUCUUUUUUCCCCCCUUCCCAGUCCUUGCGUUCUGCGCGCCGCUGAAGGGAGCGCCCGGCGUCUCCGUGCUGUUCCCGCCCCAGCCCUUCGGAUCUGGGGCGCGGAGUGAAGAAGGGAAGCGGGUUUUUCUCGCUCCGAUCGGAAGGCAAGCCCCUGUUCCACCCCCCAGCUCCGCGCCUGCCUGUAUCCUGCCCCCCCGCCCCCUCCCCGCAGCGCACCCCGAGAGCCGCCUCUUCGCGCUCCUCCGGUUUAUAUGCAAACGCCCGGGACGCCCGACGGGAGGAGUCCGCCCCGGCCCCGCCUCCCCCGGGCUCCUGGGCUGUGGCCGGAAGGUUUUUUUUUCAUCUCGGUGUGUGCAUGUGACCGUGCUGGGUUGGAAUGUGAACAAUAAAGAGGAAUGUCCAAG